UCCUAGCAUUAAUGAUACUCCAAAUCCCCCCUCGAAAGAGGUCGUGCUUGUGUGUGUGUGUGAGAGAGAGAGAGUUUAAUAUUACCGCUUAUAAUAUAUGUAGAAAAUGAGUCGUUUUGCUUCUCUGCUAAGGAGAACUUUUGGUGUAAUGAAAGAACAUGUCGGAACAGAUCAUUUAGGAAAUAAAUACUACUGUAUACCCGAGCAGAAGACAUGGACAGGCCGGGUCGUUCGGGCUCGGCGGUUUGUGGAGGCGUCCAAUCCCACAGAGUUCGAGUACCUCGGAGGAAGGAUUCCCUCUGAAUGGGAUGCUUGGAUUAGAGGACGACGCAAGGAUCCUCCUACUAUCGAGGAGUUGCUGAAUAAUGAACGGUACAGAGAACAAAUCAAAAUCAAAGCACAAGAGGCUGAAGAGAAGGACAAAGAACUGCAAGCCAAAGAAUGCAAAGUUGCACAGCCGAUGCAGACCCAGGUCAAAGGUCACGCCGCUGCCACACAUUUUGGGCAGUCACAAGUGAGUGAGGAGCCUGUGAGUACUGCAAACACCUUCCAGCCAGGAUCCUGGGCCCCUCCCAAAAAAUAAAACUGUCUCAAGUCCUGGACUUUCAGCUGACGACUGUGAAGUGUGAACAUCAGCGUAAUACUUGUUGCUGCUUAGAGCUUCACCGAAUGGGUGCAGAUGUUGCCAUGGUUUCAGUGGAUCUUUUCCAACCUUUAUAACGAUCUAAAUAAACCCGGUGGGGCGAAACGUAAUCCAUCCAUAGUAGAUUGGAAACUGUAACUUAAGUUAUAUCCUCUCUGCACAUUUCUCUAAUAUUUUGUUACAUUCAUUUGAUUCAGUUGUAUUUAUUUCAAUAAAAAUUAGCUUAGCUAAGAAAAUCGUUUGCUCAGGUAAUUGUGUGAGUUUUGUAAGACAGAGAGACCUUUGUCUUAGCUGUAUUAGUCCGUGCUGGUUUAGGAACAUUUUACUUUUACAGUUAUUCUUUAGCCAGGGGUUUAAACAUGAAGCACUUUUUUUUGGAUGCUCUAUGCUGGUUUUGGACAUUUUAUCAGGCAUGUUGCAUGUCAUGAAUCAGAUUUGUCUCCAAGGUUGCAUUUGACCCUGUUCCUAACAGAGGACAGUUGUCCAGUGUUUAUGUAGUGAAGUUUUUUUCGUUUCUUUUAACUGACGUCUUCGUCUGUCUUCACUUUAGUGAACUGUUGACUACAUUAGCCACAAUGCUGUUUGAUUACUUGCUGUCAGUGGUGCAACAGCAAAAUUGUCUCUGCCUGAAGAGAAUGAUGCAGCAGCCUUUUAGACCUUUGGUCUGUACAGAUGUCUCACUUCCUCAUCUGUACACUCUGCUCAAACAGAUCAGUUUCAACUUUUAUGCUAAAUCGGUCAUCAGCAUCAUCGUGGUAAACUUAGAUCACAGACUCCUCCUUGCCGUAACUCAGCACGUCUUUUUGUAUACUAUAGCUGCAAAAAGUCUGAUGUUUGCCAUCUGUAAUAUAUGUUGCUAGAGUGAGACAAGAAGCUUUUGUUUCUAGGAGAAAAACAAUAAAAUUGAUAACAGCAGACACCACAAAUAGUUCAAU